GGGCCCAGACUGCUGUUCAGCCCAUCCUCCCAGCCCCACACUUGCUUCCUCUGGGAGGAACCUCAGCCGCUCCCUGUUGGCUAAUAAUUCCUCAUUUCCAUCACAGUGGUUUUGUUUCAUCUUGUACCUUGGACACCCCAGGAGAACCAGAUUUUUUCACUAUAGUGUCAUGAGCAAGGACUUCCGCUUCCAAGGUGGGGGGCAGGGGUCAAGGGGUGUAAAUAAUAGACUCGGCCUUCUGUGUUCACCACUGAGCAGGAGGCUUACCUGAAAGUUAGCCCUGCCCACAUGGGAUUGGCACUAGGUGGGCUCUGACCUUCAGCCUUUGCCAGCUCUGGGCUUGGCUGUAGGAAGCAGGAGCGGUGAAAGCUCCUCAGGUUCCUUGCUGCCUUCCCCCAAGGAGAAACCGAGGUGUUUUCUGAAACCAGACUAGGCCUGGCCACCGAAGCAAGGGUUUUGGGAGGAGGAGAUGCCUCCCAGGGAAAGCAGAGUAUACCAACAAUAGCUUCGUGUGCACCACAGGGACUACCAGCCACCCAGGGCCGGCUCUAGAGGGGUUGCUGCCCCGUGGGGGGCCCCACCCUGCUCUGUGCCUCUCCCCACCUGUGACUCCAGCACUUGCCCUGGAGUCCUCACCCCGAGGUUGGGGGCCGAACCUGCUGAGCCGGGCCGCCCCCUCUCCCACGCCCACUCCCAGCACCUAGAGCCUGGCCUACGCUCGUGUGUCUCCGCCUCCUCUGCUUCACAUUCUCGCAGCUCGUCCCACCCUACACCCGCCCAGUACUCGGCUGCCAGCGGGACCGCACUAUCCUCCCCGCCUGGCUCUGAAGGGUGCCCGGCAGCCAUGGAGAUGCUGGUCCUGGCCGGAGACCGCGCGCAGAAGGAGGACGAGCUGAGUCUGGCGCCCGGGGACGUGGUGCGGCAGGUGUGCGAGGGGCCCGCACGGGGCUGUCUGCGCGGAGAGCUGGGGGACCACCGUGGCCUCUUCCCCGAGCGCCUGGUGCAGGAGAUCCCGGAGACUCUGCGCGGCGCCGGGGAGGCGCCGAGACCGCGCUGUGCGCGCCGCCGAGGUCGCCCCGCCAAAUCUCGGGAUCCCCAAAGAUGGUGCAAAGUGAACUUCAGCUACAGCCCGGAGCAGGCGGACGAGCUGAAGCUGCAAGCUGGGGAGAUUGUGGAAGUGGUAAAGGAGAUUGAGGACGGCUGGUGGCUGGGGAAGAAGAACGGGCAGCUGGGAGCCUUCCCAUCCAACUUUGUGGAGUUGCUGGACUGUGGGCCCCCAAGCCUUGGUAACCCAGACAUGCCUUCAAUCAGCCCUGGUCCCCAGCGGCCUCCCAAGCUGAGCAGCCUGACCUAUGACAGCCCUCCAGACUACCUGCGGACAGGCUCCCGCCCAGAGACCUACAGGGUCCUGUUUGACUACCAGCCCGAGGCCCCAGACGAGUUGGCGCUGCGGAGGGGGGACGAGGUGAAAGUACUAAGGAAGACCACAGAGGAUAAGGGCUGGUGGGAAGGAGAGUCUCAAGGCAGAAGAGGAGUUUUCCCAGACAACUUUGUGCUCCCACCACCUCCAAUCAAGAAACUGGCCCCACGGAAAGUGGUAUCUCGGGAAUCAGGUCCCAUUAAGGAACCAAAAAAGAUGGUGCCCAAAACAGCCCUUCCUAUGGUCAAGAAGCUGGUGAUAGCCCCCACUGGGCCCAGCAAAGCCAAGCCACCUGGGACUCCCAGCUGGGACAGUCAGAAGCACCCCUCCCGAGACAACGGCUCCAGUGGCAGCUUCCUCACUGGAGGUCCCAGCAACCCGGGCAGAAAGCGAUCCAAAACCCAGGCUUCCCGGCAACGCUCUGCAACCAGUCAGGAAGAAGGACAGAGCAGCCUAGCAAAGGCCCCUCAUGUGGAUAAUAUCCCCACUCUGGACAAGACCCCCACCCCAGGGAAGGCCCCGUCUCCACAUAAGGCCUCCAGCCCAGAGAAGACUAGGUCUCCAGAUAAAGCCUCCAGACCAGAGAAAACUCGGUCUCCAGAUAAAGCCUCUAACCCAGACAAGACUCGGUCUCCAGAUAAAGCCUCUAACCCAGAGAAGACUCGGUCUCCAGAUAAAGCCUCUAACCCAGACAAGACUCGGUCUCCAGAUAAAGCCUCUAACCCAGACAAGACUCGGUCUCCAGAUCAGGAUCCUAUUCCAGAGGAAAUCCUGACUCCAGAUAAGGUCCCUACCCCAGAGGAGACCCCAACUCUGGAGGACAAGGCCCCCAGCCCAGAAAAGACCCCAUCUCAGGACAAGGCCUCCAGCCCAGAGAAGACCCCAUUUCUGGAUAAGGGCCCCACUCCAGAGGAAACCCUGACUCUAGAUAAGGUCCCUACCCUAGAGGAGACCCCAACUCUGGAGGACAAGGCCCCAAGCCCAGACAGGGUCUUUUCUGUGGAUGAGGCCCUUGCCCCAGAAAUCCCACCUGAAGAUGAAGCCCCCAGCCCAAAGAUGGCCCCUCUUAGAGACGAGGCCCCCACCCUAGACAGGGUCUUGACCCCAGAGCAGGUGCUCUCUGAAGAGGCCUCCACCCGAGACGACACUCUGCUCCAUCACUUCUCUCCGGAGGAAGCCCUGCCGAAGGUCAAGCCUCCUGUGGCCGAUGAGGCUCAAUCCCAGGAGGAGGUCCAUAUGCCAGAGGAGCCCCCACUCUGUACGGUGAAACACCCCCUGGAUAAAAGGGAUAGCUCCCCACUCCAGUCUGAGUCCAAGCCAGGGUCCAUGCCCGCCCUUGAGAAGGCCCACCCCCGGGAAGAGGCGACCACGCCUCUCCAGAAGGCACCUGCGAAGGAUGAGACUACCCUCAAAGAGGAGGCGCCCCCCAAAGAGGUAGCCCCUACUCAACAGACUCCACAUCCUAUCGAGCCGACUCCACAACCGCAGGAGACUCCCAGCCUCCAUUCCCUGGUCCCGCAAAAUCCUACGGACAGCGAAAGUGACAGGGGCGACAUAAAGAGGCUACAAGACGAGGUGGUGUCUUUAAGGCGGUCGCUGGAGAUGAUGGGGGUGCAGCUGGAAAGGAAGCUGACCGACCUCUGGGAGGAGCUGAAGAGGGAGAGAGAGAAGCGCCAGUUGCUGGAGGAUCGGCUGAAUCGGAGGACCCAGGAGUCCGGGGCCCGGGGCUCCAUCCACGCGCAGACGCAGACGCAGACGCACUGAGGGUGGGCCCGGGAGGGACUACGGCGAGACCAGGAGCGAAGUCUGGCUCCGGCCACCCACGUCCUUGCACACGACUUUGGGAAACGCAAGAAAGUAAACUGCUGUGUACGCGC